CUAAAGACUGGUGUCCUGUACGUUAAUGAGAGAAUAGAUCGAGAGGAACUCUGCGGCGAUGAACCAAAAUGUUCGCUCAGUGUAGAAGCAGUUAUUAACAACCCUUUAAAACUGUACCGGAUUGAAAUAAUAAUUUUAGAUGUGAAUGAUAAUUCCCCGUCAUUCCUCAGCACGUCGCAGAUAAUUAACAUUAGUGAGAAUACAGCAGUAGGGGCUAAAUUCCCCUUGCAAAGAGCUCACGAUGCAGAUGUCGGUAAAAAUACUGUAAAUAGCUACAAGCUUAGCCAAAAUGAACACUUCUCUCUCGCUACACAUAAAGGAGAGAGUGUUACCGCCGAAUUACUGCUUCAGAAAGUUUUAGACAGAGAAAAACAGUCUGUGAUCCGACUCAUACUGACUGCCAUUGAUGGAGGGACUCCUGCUAAAUCUGGCAGUAUGACUAUAAUAGUAAAUGUAUUGGACAUUAAUGAUAACCCCCCUGUAUUCAGCCAAACUCUCUAUAAAGCCCGUAUGUAUGAGAACGCUAAGAUAGGAACAUCGAUAAUAACAUUAAAUGCUACCGAUUUGGAUGCAGGCCCAAAUGGACAGGUAUUGUACUCCUUUAGUAAAAUAGACCGUGUGACCAAAACUGACCUGUUUGCUAUCGAUGAAAAAACUGGGACUGUAACAAAUAAAAAUAAUAUAGACUUUGAAGAGAAUAAUGCUUUUGAGAUUAGAGUACAAGCCAGUGAUGGAGCUUCCUCACCGAUGACAUCACAUGCCAAAUUAUUGAUUGAAGUUUUAGACGUCAAUGACAAUGCCCCUGAAAUUUCAGUUACUUCACUGUUGAACACCGUGAAGGAGGAUGCGUCUGUUGGCACCGCCAUUGCACUUGUUUCAGUAUUUGAUAAAGACGGAGGUAAAAAUGGGAUGAUGAACUGUAAAAUUUCCAAUCAUGUUCCUUUUAAAUUGGAGUCCAAUUAUAAGAAUUACUACUCGUUGGUGGUGGACGGUCCUCUUGACAGAGAGAGCGCAUCUCAAUACAAUAUCACCAUCACUGCGACUGAUGAGGGCAGCCCACCUCUCUCCAGCACGAGCGUUAUUAAUGUGCACGUCUCAGAUGUGAAUGAUAAUACACCUAUAUUCACAGAAAACGUAAUCAAUGUCUAUGUGAAAGAAAACAGUCCAGUAGGAGCAGUUUUAAAAAAGGUUUCAGCAAUUGAUGCAGACAUCGAUCAAAACGGUCAGGUGAGCUAUUCAUUUUUACAAAGUAACAGUAACUCAUUGCCACUCUCGACUAUGGUAAACAUCAACUCAGAGACUGGAGAUAUAGUCAGCCUGCAGUCGUUUAACUACGAGGAGUUAAAAACGUUUCAGUUUAAAAGUUCAGGCCACAGACUCUGGUGUUCCCCCGCUCAGCAGCAACCGGGAUACUUUGUGGCAAAGAUCAGGGCUGUAGACGCAGACUCUGGAUACAAUGCGCUGCUUUCUUAUCACCUGUCUGAGCCCAAAGGAAACAACCUCUUCCGGAUCGGAACCAGCACCGGAGAAAUCAGGACUAAGAGGAGAAUGAGUGACAAUGACCUGAAAACUCACCCCUUGGUGGUGUUGGUUUCUGAUAACGGAGAACCCUCCCUGUCAGCUACUGUGUCUAUUGAUGUGGUGGUGGUUGAAAGCACAGCUGACAUCCAGACUCAGUUCAGACACGUGCCCAUAAAGGAGGAGAGCUUCUCUGAUUUAAACCUGUAUCUGCUGAUCGCCAUCGUGUCGGUGUCAGUGAUCUUUCUGCUGAGUCUCAUCAGUUUAAUAGCUGUCAGAUGCCACAGGACAGACGGCAGUUUCAGCAGGUACAGCGCCCCAAUGAUCACCACCCACCCUGACGGGAGCUGGUCUUACUCUAAAUCUACUCAGCAGUAUGACGUGUGUUUCAGCUCAGACACGCUGAAGAGUGACGUAGUGGUUUUCCCCGCACAGUUUCCGCCUGUAGAUGCUGAGCUCAUCAGUAUUAACGGAGGAGACACUUUUACCAGAACUCAGACUUUACCUAACACAGACAAGUCAUCUGGAUCUUUGCAAUAA